AUGAAAUCAUUUGUGUGUUACGUCGGUCUUAUCGUGGCCUUGGCCCUGCAGCUGCGGGCCAUCCAGCUCAAGUCUAACACCCUCAACCCAAUCUCAUACGUCGAACUUGGCAACCAACUUUCGAACAAAGUUGGAACGCUAUGGAAAAAUCAGUUAGACUCAUUCAUAGAUGUCGUGUCUACCAAAAUUGUCGACAAAUUGGAGAAGGAUAUACCAAGCGGUGCAGCAGCGGAGAACAUGAUGAUUCUUCUAGAGAACGAUGCUGAGCUCUUCGACACGGCAGCAUAUAAAGGACAUAACAUGGCACUCAUCGAAGACCAGUUUAUCAGAAAAUUGAGAGAAAGGUUCCACAACAGCAAAUUCGGAAAGGGUUUAAAAAAACUGUCAUCGAAAGUUAAGACAAAACUAACCGAUUUGUACAAACAGCACAAAGAUAAGGUGAAAAAAUUCCUGAAACAUUUGAUGACUGCUUUGGUCAUCCCAAUGGCAGUUAAGUUCAUCCAGAAACACCUGAACUCGUGGAAACAAAAGACGUUACAGGCGACCGAGAAACUUGACCCUGAAGCAAGAAAGGUAGCCCGCCCAGUUAUAAAUGAGCUAUACCAGCAGUUUCAGGACAAAUUGGAGGACUACGCUGAGAAUAACAAAUUAAACGGCGGGCAAGAGAAGAACGUACUGGACAAACUGCAGGCGGAGAAGAAAGAAAUUCAGGAUAUCGAAAACAAGGAGCAGAAACUCUUGCAGCAGUAG